AUGGCCCCCGCACCACCAAGCUCCACGCUUCAAGUCUCCAACUUUUCGCCCGCAGAAUUAUCCUAUCUUCACACAUCCCUCGCAUACCCCAAAAACCCAAUUCGGCCCGAUGGCCGCUCAGCAACACAAUUCCGACCCUUAACUGCAGAAACAAAUAUUGUCCCAAACGCUAAUGGCAGCGCGCGCAUCGGAUUCGCUGAUGGAACACAAGCGAUCGUUGGUGUGAAGGCGGAGGUGGAAAAGACCGUGUUUGUUAGCACGUUAGAGCAGAGUGUUUCGCAGGAAAAUGAAGCCGAAGAUCAAGAUGAGAAUGCAAAAAACACGAAAAUAAAAAUUCCAGGGUCAGGGUCAUGGGUUGAGAUGUCUAUUGAGAUUCCGGGACUGAGAGACGAUGACCCGCUUCCUGUGUUUUUGGCAGAGAUGAUGAGGGAGGGGCUUAUACAGUCAGGGUCGGGGAUGACAGUUGAAUCGGGUGGUUUGAAGGAGAGACUGGUCAUUAACCAGGGCUGGCAUUGGAGAAUAUACGUCGACAUAUUACUUCUCUCCCCACCACUAUCAUACCCUCUACCGCUAUUAUCUCUAACAACACAUCUUGCGCUACUCUCCACCAAGCUUCCGCGACUUAUAUCCAAGGAUGAAGAGGACCCAAUGUUUGACGAUGACUGGGACGCAGCUGAGUAUCUAUAUCCGCGCAGGGCGUCAAAGGGCUCGAUAUCACAGCACAUCUUCCGCCCUCCGAUAUCACUUCUUGUCAUCUCCGUGGGACAAAACAUCAUUUUCGACCCAAGUAGGGAGGAAAUCGCGGUUGCAGACGCAGUAUUCUGUGUCUCUGUUGCGCGUGACGAGAACAAGCAGACAUUCUCACCUGGCGGGUUGAAGUUAUUGGCUAUUAGAACUAUUGAUCCGCCUGCACGCAUGACACAUCCUGGUGUACCGGACGCAAUUAACGCUGCUACCAUUGGCCUUACCAGUGCCGAUAAUAGUACCGUGACUACUGGUGGUAUAGAGGGGGCUGGGGUUUGGACUCCUCGUCGCGGUGGGCUGAAGAGGGACGUUGUUUCGAGAAUUGUGAAGUCGGUUCUCCAGCCCGGCGGUGUGGGUGACGAGGUUAUGGAGGGAUUAGAAAUGGUGGAAGUGGAUUGA